UUAGAAAAGAAUCUACAACAGAAGUUAGCCUAGAAUAAUUCAUUGUCCAGACUUCUUGCAGCCUGUUCGUAGGUACAUUGGCAGGGACUCCAGAAUUACCGCGCCCAUUUUUUCCUAUUGCGUAACUAAGUAUCAUGUACAUUCCGUGAUUUCUAUCUAAAACCAUGUAAGGACAAAGGUCGUAUUAAGUUUAAUGGCGUGCAUAGCUUGUAGCGACACAUGGUGCCAUUCUUUAGUUGACUACUUCGUGCAUUCACCAAAAGGCUCUACCUGACAACGGAAUCAUUUUAUAAUUGGAGCUAGCUUUGUCAACGACACAUCAUCUUUGCGCAAAUACGUAACGUGGUCUUGAAGACCUACUCGAAUUGUUAUUCGCUUUCUGUGCAAUAACGCAAUAUACUAGACUUACCGUAUCAUCGACACUGCAAACAAUUGCUUUAAAUGAGGAUCGUUUUCGGAUCUUGUCAAACAUGACUGUCGACUGUGGGUUGCUAUUCUUUUAAACUCUUUCCUUUUGUUCUGGUUUACGUAUCGAUGUACACAGAGGUCGCGUAUUUGGUGUAGAACGAAAGGCCGUUAGACUGAAAUAGUUCGCCCACUGAUCGUAGUUACUCUGACCUCCGCGACGUUUAAUUCGUGCUUGCUUGACAUGGGCCAUCGGAUAAUGAUCCCGUACUCGUCCGAGAUCCGCCAGAUGGCGCCUGUGCGUCCUCAGAAGCUAUCGGAUCAGUCUGUUCCUCUAGCACCCUGCGCGGCGCGAGCGCUGCUAAGGUUUUGAGAGCUCACAGUGUACCUCGCUAUUAGCAGUUGCCUUGGUAGGAGUAGCAGAAGUAUUCUUCCUUCGGCUGGGCCUGAACUCGGCUGAGAAAGGAGCGUCAGCCGGAUAGGAACUCCGUGGCCAAGCUGAUUGUCUUCCGCGUUCGUCGUCAGAGUUUUCCGAGAGAGAGCUGUCACUUAUCCCUGCAGUGUCACAACAUCAGUACACGAUAAAAAUAUGGCGGCCUCCGCCCUGCUUUUAGAUUUUUGUCUGAUUUCCAGCGUCGUCUGAACUACAGCGAGCAGAAAUAGGACAUUUCGAAGCGAAAAGCGCCCUGUAGCAUAUCGUACGUUAUUUAUGCAACGAAUUGUGCCUCCAUCCGGGUGAAAGCUUCGCCGCAACAGCUUGCCGAUCGUACUAAUACGACCUUUCGUGGUAGUAUCGGGCAUCAUCAGCGAACCGUUGUAAGCCGCUCUAAGCUUUUCGCUCCGAGAAAUGUUAUGUGACGGACAUAGGCAAGCAAGAAUAUUCAGAGUUGCAGAAUUGCAGUUGACUAGACGUUUAGAUUUCGUCUCUGAUGCUACGCCGACUCAUGGAGUAGUCCUUUGAACAAAAACAAAAGAUUAGGCUAGUUCAAGAAACUCAGCCUCACUCAACCCAAAACGUCUUCGGUCUGCUUUGGUAAAUGAAGUAAUGCCGUUGGCAACAAUAGCCUUCUGAAUUAACAGUGCGUUGAAUCCUCAAGGACGGUUCCCCUCUUGGCCAUAGCACCAGACUUGCUCUAUCGAACAUGAUCAGCGACGUUAUAAUUAAAUGGGUGCGUGUCUCUUUCAACCUAGUGGCUCUGCUAAGCCCAGUUGCACCAUUGUACGUCAUCUGGCUUCUAUGGAGAAUGAUCAGUCUUGUUUUUCCUGCCCACAUCUACCAAAUAGGUGAUGAUCUCGUGUUCGAAUUUUACCAACGUUUCUCGUUGGUACUUACAGAGACUUUUGUACAAUUCCAGCUAUCCUUAUACGGUGAUUUUGAGCGCAUUAUUGACAAAAAGGAACGUUUUCUACUAUUAAGCAACCAUCAAUCGGCGACUGACUGGAUCGUUGGCAACUGCAUCACGGAACGCCUAGGCCGCCUUGGUCAACUUCGGUAUUUUAUGAAAGACGUUCUUCAAAUUAUUCCGCUAUACGGUUUCUACUUUCACCAUCAUGGAUGCAUCUACGUAAACCGUAAACAAUGUAAUUUUGAAAAGAUGCGCCGUACUUUGCUUUACCUGCAAAACAAACAAAUUCCGUCGAUUGUGGUGAUAUUUCCUGAAGGAACUCGAUACCAAGCAGAUAGGCUUAUUGAAAGCCACGAGUUUGCUGAAAAAAAUGGGUUGCGCAAGUUAAACCAUGUACGGUACCCUCGUACACGGGGCCUUGGGAUGACAAUAUGCUAUUUGCGACCAAACAUUGAUGCGAUCUACGACGUCACCAUAAUUUACGGGGGCACAAAGGAUGGCAACCGAAGAUUGUCUGCUCCAUCGCUAAUCGAUGUGUUCACUGGGCGGUGUCGCUCUGUACACGCCUAUUUGGAGCGGAUACCGAUCGAGAACGUACCCGAAGACGAGCAGAAAAUUAGAGAUUUCCUUUUCACCCAGUUCAACAAAAAGGAAGACCUUCUGUCGCGCUAUUAUGACAAUCGUGAUGCCAACCCCGCAAAUGACUGUCAACCAUUUCCCGGGCCAGCACUGCGGCGAGAUCUCAGCCAAUUCCGCCAGUCAAUAGCGCUCAUACUGAUGUUUCUAUUCUCGACGUUUUCCAUCUUCACCGGGUCCGGACUCUCAAUGACCUUUCAUGUGUGGAUCGUCGGUACGCUGUUUGGCUACGUAUGGCUAUUCAUUGGCUCAGUAGCGUAAAGAGGUUCGUUGGACCGGGCGGUCUGACGCGUAACAAACUUAGCCCAAAACGCAACUCAAUACGUAAGUCAUGAAGAAUGCAAUAGAAACAGGACGUCCUCUAAAUAAAAGUAAACGAAAAAUCAAUGGCUAAAAAUUUUGCUGGAAAAGCCAUAAACAGGUUAUGAUCGCUGUAUAAGAGGCAGUGCUAACGUUCAGAAUGUUCCGUCAGACAAACCUUUCUAGGCUGUUCAUUACGGUGGGCAUUCGCUUAUCGGAAAUUUCUGGUGAGAAAAAAAGCCACUUUUUCCUGGAACGAACUCACAAACUCGCUAUAGCGGAAGCACUGUAUUCUCUUCGAAAGGUCACCCAUUUCAAGAGGGAUGAACCUGGACUAUGAUUAAAAACAUCCUGCCCAAAGAAAGAAGUCGACGCUCCACACUAUGGCUAGUUUCGAUGCAGCUUCGAAAAAAAUUAGGAAAAAUUUUCUUCAUUUAUAUUAAUAAGGAAUUAAUAAGGAUUAGCUUUCAGAGGUUCCUAAAGUAAAAAAAAAAGUAAGGAAGUAGUUGUCUUUAGAAAACAACAAACAAACAGGUGGUUCCAUCGGUCACGAUCCGACGUGGCACUCAUAUCGCUGCUAAGUAAGGCUAUGCGAGUUUUAUAGCUUAUUAUCUAGGCUUCGGUAUCGUUAUUGGGCGCGAUCAUUAUUCUCCACGUCAUUGACUUUAACACGUUCGUUGAGGCUGCUGACACAAAGAUUAGCGCAACACUUAUCGUAGCUACGAAAACAGAAAAGGCCUGCUCGAAGUUGUCAAGGCGGGUCUAGUACAACAACGUCGUUUCUGGCUUGGUCCUUCAAAGUUCUAGCCACUGUUUAGACAGUUCAUCCACACAUCGUUCGUCCGCUUUUCGAAAACGGCAUAAUACACCUCCAUUGGAAAUGUCAAACAAGAAUUGUCAGUACGACUACCUGACACCCCAACCCUAGUGUCAACUACGACAAUAGUUGAAUGUUAACGAACGUUUCAAAGCGAAGUAAAAAUGAUAAUGGUCAUAGGAAUCGCGGAAUCGAGUGCGGGUAACGGAAAAAAGGAUCCCUAUUCGACAUGCUGUGUAAUAACUGACUACCAUCAAAGAAAGGUAAUGACUAGUAUCGUGCAAACUAAUGACAGCGAUAACAACUAAAACUGGCUGCGUAGAAGAGAUGACCAGUUAAUUUUUUUGCUCUCAGCUUUUCCUCUCUCUCAAAAUCACCUUCCCGGUACAGCGUCAAUAUUUGGUCCCACUAAAAGGGAGCAAGUCGGAGUGAAGUUCGCCGAAGAAGUCUGAACUUACCUGGGGUUCUUUCUCGCUAUUAAUUAAGUUCGUUUUCCAUAGUUAUUCUAACCUAUCGAUCGUAAUUGAUGAAAUAAUCCAGCUAAUAAACAAUCAGUCAUAAAGUGUUGUUUAUCAUAAAUGUUUCGAAGGCUAUUGAUUAUAAAAAGAUGCGAAGUAACUUAUCAGCGAAUAAAUGAGAAAAAUAAAGACGUACUGCAGUAAAUGGCGACAUGGCAUGCUUACCAUAGGCAACGUCGGACCUAUGACCCUCUUAGAAGGAGACGCGGACUUACACCGAUUUCUCCUUUAAAUUUUUUUUGCGGUUUUUAUUAAUGAGAUAAUCGACGGCCUCAAAUUUGUUUCGCUUCACCGAAUACAACAAUCGUCGUCUGAAGGAUCCAAUGGAAGAAGGUUUAGCAUGUGAUCUUUUUACAUGAAUGUACACUGCAAGGUGUGCGAUAGGAGUGAUAUUUGUUUUGCUCAAAGGUUUGCAACUUCGAGAAAUGCUUGUUUGAGAGUGAUGCUAUAUUCCAACGGGGACCUGAUGGAUGUCUGUACUGUUUCCGAACUGGGAAAGUAUAAUCUAACAUGAAUGAAUAAGUGUGAGCAACAAACGGUUUCAUUUAUGAAGCUUACUUAUACAAUAUUCACUCAAUAGAUCUGGUCUAGUGGGGAUGCUCGAGCUUGUUUUUGGCUCAGCCAGUGCCUAAACAAUGGAUACAGGAGAGUUAACACAACAAUAUGGUAGAAGAUCUAUGCAAAUAAGACAAUCGUGUCUUGUGCCUGCCUCGAAGAAUCGAAGGAAGUCUAUUUCCCAUUGGAAAUGCACACGCGCAUAUUUAAGGCGAAAAGUACUAUCUCAGUACAUUGCUGCUGCGCGUGUGGCGUCUAAUAUUUACGCGGUUGGAACGACAAAAUAAUUAGGCUUCUGUUUGGGAAGUAUCUGCGAUAAUUCUGUGCACAAAAUACUUGCAGAAACAUUAAUUCAUGCUUGAUGUAUAGACGAGUAUAAUGAGCUGUGAUGGCCAAGUAGAAAAAUAUCUAGAUAUGUUGCUUUAUUUAGAAGUUUAUUAAAGUAUCUUCGUUUUCCUGUUUAAAUUAAAAUCUAAGCUUGUCGCAAAAAGUCAGUUAGUAGCGAGGUUUAUGGCCCAGAAUGCAUGGCCUUUUCUGCGGUAAAUGUAACGGUGUAAAGUCAUUAGGUCAGCUUAUUUGGAAAAAGCCAGCAGAAAUAGUAAUGCCGCAAGUGAUAAUGUUGCUACUCCGAAAAAUCCGGGUUGGUUGUAAUUAGUUUUUUUGGAUUUUGCCAACAGACAAACGCGAAAAGUCCGGCUCGACAUUUUAUCCAACAUAUUGUCAAUCUUUUUAGUAGGUGUAUAGGUUCAUAUCCUUCUUCACUCUGACCAGGAAGAAGCUGUGGCGUUACCGCAAAAAGUGUCAAGCAUCAUGCGAUGUCAUCUCGAUAGCAGAUAGUCUCUGAGGCUAAAUAUUAGAAGAUGUUCUUUUUCUUACCUACGGCUAAGGGCAAAGUUGGAAAGAUUUUCAGGCAAACUCUAACUACGCCACUGCAGCGUAUCAUAUGGGAUCCCUAUCAACGAAUCAUUUAACUUCUUGGAAGUAGAAUAUUGUUGUUUAAAAAUCAGUUUCCGUCGAUCUAAACGCAAUACGUCUCUACCAAGUAAACUAAGCACUUCACUACUCUAGAACGUUCAAACACAGAAAGCCGCUCCAUUCUAGUAUUUAUUCAAAUCUUAAUGCAAACUCUGUAAGUAUUAUUUGUUUUGGGUUACCCAAUCAAUUAAUUAAUAAAUAUUUCACAUAGUAGGUUUCGUCUUCAUGUUAUUCCUUUCUUUAGAUCUGUAUCAUUGCCAUUGCAAUCCUAAUCCUACUUGCUUCCCCUAUACGUUCCUAUCAAAACAAAAAUCUUUGUACUCUCUUAAGUGCCUAUUUACGAAUAGUUUCAUCGCCUUAUUUAGACGUGACCACUUUUCUACGUAAAACUUGUCGAAAUGGUUCAAGAAACUAAUUAAGGUGCACACUUAACCUUUUUUUGUCAACUUGAAUCAACAAAAGAACUGAUUUUAACAUUUUGAAGAGAUAUUUAAUUAAUAAUUAAAUAAAUAGCGCAACAAUCAUAUGAAGCA